UUUAUCUCAACAAUCACGAUGCAAAUGAGAUAGGGAGAAGCAGCAAUGUCGUCUUCUUUGCUGCGGUUUGGAAUCUCAAGGCCGUCUUCUUCUUCUUCUUCUUAUAAGAACUUAGUAAGCUCUCACUCCUUUGGGCUCGCUACGUCUUCUUUGUCAUGGGCAAACAACACACCUCACCACACAAAGCUCAAGCAAAAGCAAAAGCUUUGUGUUAAAGGUUCAGCUCAAGAGAUUCCACAGACACUAGAAGAAGAUUCGAAGUUUGUACCUUUAGAUCCUCAAGAUCCUGUGUUCGGCCCUCCUGUUUUGCUGUUGCUUGGCUUUCAAAUUCAUGAAGCACAGAAGGUAAUAUAUAAAAUGGAAACAGAGUUACAUAUCACACACUGCAAAUAUUUUGGAGUCUUUGAAUUAAUCUAUCAUCUUGUAAUGCAGAUACAAGAGCUUCUUAAGGAACUCGAUGGUGAAUUCAUGAAGAUUAUGUUCUGUACAGAAGAUAUGAUCCCACGUUCGUUAUGGGAAGCAGUUAACACAAGACAGACUGACCUGAAGAGAGUUAAAAUUGCGGAGUCGCUGCCACGGAUAUGCUUCUUAUCUGGUUUGACAGGGGAAGAGAUGAUGAUGUUCAUUGAUGCAUUUCCAGAAUCUGGGCUAGAACCAGCUGUGUUUGCAGCUAUGGUUCCGAACAGCGCUGAUAAACCCAUCUCGGAGUUGAUGGACGAAAUCAUGGGAGAUCAUGAGUUGUUGACCGGGAGCGGUUCCAGCUGAAGAAAGACGAGAGGACAGCUCUGGAAAGGCUCUGUAAGUUGGCUCUUAUGUGUUUUGUUCCGCUAUGUGAAUUCGAUCAGAUAAAGAGUGUUGUGUUACUUGUAUUUACAUAACAGAGAUAAUCUUAGUCAUUUUAUUAGUCUUCGUGUACAUUACAAACACUACAUACGUGGAUUAAUAGUCAGUAUUUGUCUGCUAA